AAAGAAAUAAUUCAUAAAGAAAAUAAUUAAAACUAUGGAAUUACCUAACCGUGUAAUGAAAGAAAACGCUUUAACCAUAUCCUAAUGUAUUCUAUGAUUUUCCAUCACAGGUAAUCCAUGAUAACAUAGACUACGAACCCUCCGGUUGGUUAGAGGUUACCCUCACGAGGGUAAGUAACUUAACAAAGGACUUCUUCAAAAGUAACGGCUCAGCGAUGAAGAUUAUACUGGCGUUUGUAUUUAAUGGCCUUGUCAUUGGUUACUUUAUUGGCAGCUGGUACUAUUGGGCAAAUUUUACACAAACACCGUUAGAAAUAUGUAAUGGCUUCGGCAGUCUUAUUGCUUUCUUGGGAAUCAUAUACUUCUUCGUUCUAUACUUCAUGGUGGUCAAGAGGUAUUUCGGCAAGUGGUUCGAGCGAUCCGUGUGGAACAAGGUGAAGAGCGUCGCUGGAUCCCUAUGGAGAUUUGUGUAAGUAGCUAGUAAAAAAGCAUAUUUCAAACCUUUGAACGAUGAGUUAGUAAACUUAAAAAUGCUACAAAAAUAAAUGUAAUACUUAUGUGAAAAGGUGAUUUCUUAAUCA